AUGCAGACCAUGACCAGCCUGAGAUUGCCCAGCAGAGCACCAGCACUGCCUUGUGAAAAGUCCCACUCGAGCCCACCUUCAGUUGCCUUCGUGGAGCAGCAUGUUUCCAGAUCCCUUGCACGGACCUCAGUGGCCCUACUAGCUGGUUUUGUCUCUCAUCGUGUGAGAAAACUCGGGAGGACUGGCAGAACGGGGCAAACGAACGCAAAGGCAUCACCUGUGGUGCGGCGUGUUCUCGAGCCUGGCAAGUCACCCGUGUCGCAGAUCCGGAACUUUUCCAUCAUCGCACACAUUGAUCAUGGCAAGUCCACCUUGGCAGAUCGUUUGCUGGAGAUGACUGGUACAGUAGCCAAAGAAGACAUGAAAGCACAAUUGCUUGACAAUAUGGAUAUUGAAAGAGAAAGAGGCAUCACUAUCAAGCUGAAUUCGGCUCGCAUGAAUGUCAAAGAGGAUGGACAUGAUUAUGUUCUAAACCUGAUUGACACUCCAGGACAUGUCGACUUCACCUAUGAGGUAAGCAGAUCAUUAGCAGCCUGUGAAGGUGCCCUGCUGGUGGUGGAUGCCACACAAGGUGUUCAGGCGCAAACCAUUGCAAAUGUCACUUUGGCAAUGGAAGCUGACUUAGAGAUCGUUCCAGUCUUGAACAAGGUUGAUCUGCCCAGCGCGGAUCCGGAGAGAGUUUGCCAAGAGAUCGAGGAUGUUGUCGGGAUUGACUGCAGCAAUGCUCUCUUUUGUUCUGCCAAGACUGGACAAGGUGUGCCUGAAAUUAUCAAGAGGAUCAUUGAGCAGGUGCCGGCUCCAAGUGUUGACGAAACACAAGAGCGCAUGCGGCUUUUGGUGUAUGACAGCUUCUAUGACAACUACCGGGGAGUCAUUGCCAUGUUCCGGGUGGUGGAUGGAAGCAUCUCUAAAGGACAGAAGAUCCGCUUUAAGGCUUCAGGCAAGGAGUUUAUUGUGGAGGAGAUUGGCAUCAUGGUGGGAGGCUUGCGAAAGCCCGUCAGCAGGCUUUCGGUGGGUGAAGUGGGCUAUGUUUGCGCCAACAUCAAAACGGUGGGAGACGCACGUGUGGGCGACACCAUCAUUGAAGCGGGCACUGAAAAUGAGGUGGAAGCCUUGCCGGGCUACACUGAGGCCACACCCAUGGUCUUCUGUGGCCUUUUUCCUGCUGAGUCGGGAGACUUCGAGAACAUGAAGACAGCCUUCGAGCGGCUUUCCUUGAAUGAUGCUGCCCUCUUUUACGAGCCGGAAAACUCCGUCGCUCUGGGGCUCGGCUUUCGCUGUGGAUUCUUAGGAGUUUUGCACAUGGAGGUGAUCAAAGACCGUUUGGAGAGAGAGUACGAUUUGGAUGUGGUGGUCACUGCUCCUUCGGUGGAGUACCAGGUUCAGAUGAGUGACGGCACAGAGACCACCAUUCAAUUUGCCAACAUGCUUCCUCCUCCCCACAAGGUCGCGGAAAUUCGGGAACCCUAUUGCUUGCUGGAGAUGAUUGUGCCAGAAGAACACAUGGGCCCCUGUAUGGAGCUGGCGACCCAGCGUAGAGGACCACGAAUUUUUUUGACUCAGGGACGUGCACUGCUGGAGUAUGAGGUUCCGAUGGCUGAGAUCAUCCGCGACUUCUUUGCUGAGCUGAAAAGCCGUUCUCGUGGUUAUGCAUCCAUGGACUAUCGCAUCCUGGACUACCGAAGUAACGAUUUGGUAAAGCUGGAGGUAGACAUCAACCAAACCACCGCCAACCCUUUAGCACAGAUCGUUCAUCGCUCGAGGGCCUUGCAAUUUGCCAAGAAGAUUACCGGCAUUUUGCAGAAUGAGAUUCCUUCACAGCAGAUCAAAGUCAUCAUCCAAGCGCGUAUUGGUACACACAUCAUCUCAUCCAAACUCAUUAAGGCAGUGCGGAAAGAUGUUUUGGCCAAGUGCUAUGGUGGUGAUAUUACCCGUAAGAAGAAGCUCCUUGCAAAGCAAGCAGCGGGCAAGAAAAAGAUGCAGGCCAUUGGAAAGGUGAACGUGCCCUCCGAAGCCAUUCUCGCGGAAUCGGAGUUGCCGCCGGUGUCUUCAAGCGAGGAUACUCAGGUGCUGCGCUCAGUCUUGGCUGCUUCAGUAGCCCUGCUGGGUGGAUCAGAGUGGAAGAAAACCCUGAUCCGGGCUAUGGAUAUCCAGGGUACCCAGGUUUCCCUGGCUUCUAUCCCUGGUGGCCAGGCUACCCACCGCGGCAGCAGUCCAGAAGCUCCAGUGAUUCUUCCGCAUCCUCAACCUCAAGCGAUGAGGAUGAUGAUGAGGAGGAUGAAGAUGAGGAGGAAGAAGAGGAUGAGGACUUGGUACGCGAGAAGGCCGCCAAGCGGGCCAAGCUUAAGGCCAGAGAGAAGGUGGAGGCAGAAAGGGAGACGGCCCGAGAAAGAGAAAAACAGAGAAGAGAGGAAAGAAAGAAAGAGAGGAUCCAAGAGGACCUUUGCAAGGACAGCGAGUCCGAGCAAAGUGAAGAAGCAGAAGAGGAGGAAAAGAAAAAGGAUAAGAAGAAGCGCAAAAAGGACAAGAGCGAAGACACAAAGGAGACUGAGAAGAAAGCACAUAAGAAGAAAGUGCAAAAAAAAAAAAGCAAAAAAAGAAGAAGGAAGAGGAAUCUCCAAAGCAGGAGUCUGA